AUGUGGGAUCUACAAGAAGAUGUGGAUGUAUCUGCUGAAGAAAGAAUAUUUUUGGAAGAGUUUCAUCUAUUGAAAUAUGACCUAGAAGUGCGUAUCAGCAAGAUCCAUGCACUUGCUGACCACAUGGACACAAUCCAUGAAACGUUUUCCAAAACCAAUAUAGUGGUCAACUCCAUCACUCUUGUGUCUGGGGUCAUAAGCAUCCUGGGUUUAGCCCUUCCUGCAGCAACAUUAGGGGGAAGCCUGGUGCUUUCUGCUGCUGGUAAAGGUUUGCAGGCAGCAGCUGGGGUCACCAGCAUCUUGACCAGCAUUUGUGAGCACCUUCACAAAAAGAAAGUUCAAGCACAGGCCAGUAGUCUAGUUCCUGUCCACAGUCAAGAGGACAGGAAGGCUGAAGGAAAGGAGGUCUCCUAUGCCACAGCAGUUGGUCAAGUUGCCUAUCAGUGUAGAGAUUCCAUCAAAGAUGUCAAGAAGAACCUUCAUGCCUUUCAGAGAGUCAGGGCCCACCCUCAUUUGGCUGCUGCUGCCAAACAGUUCCUGACCAAUGGUCAAGUCUCGGCCCGAAAGAGCAAGCAGAUACAAAGAGCCUUUGAGGGCACUACACUAGUGAUGGUCAAAAGAGCCCGUCUGCUGGGCAUUGCCAAGGCUGGUUUAUUCGUUAGCAUUGACUUAGCCACCCUUUUGAUGGACUGGAAGCAACUGAAAGACGGAACAGGGUCAGAGGCUGCCAAGGCACUGAGGGCCCAGGCUCAUGAGCUAGAAAAGCUGCUGACCGAAGUCACCCAGCUCUACGAGUGCCUGCAACAGCAGAAAUUCUUACAAGAAAAAGGCCUUAUCAACUCUGCUUCUGAAGAUGAACUCUACUCUGAGGGGGCCAUGUAG